AUUAACCUUCUUUUCCCGAUUCUUAAACAAAAUUAUUUUAUACAUAAAAAUUUAUACAUACUGUUGUAUUUAAUAGAUACAACUGUGUAUACAGGUGUAUUAUACCUGAAAAUUUUACAAUCAUGUCACUCCCUCUGUGAUUCCACACUAAAAUGGAUGUUAAUACUUAUUUAAACCAGGUAAAACUUGAAAACGACUCUCUUCCCAAAGUCGUUGUUGUUGAUACACCAAAACUGAAAAAAUCCGACCCAUGUGAAGGUGAUUUAGCAGAAGAUUCCAAGGCAACAAAGCUAUUUAACAGGCUAAUUCACAUUGAUGAGGAAUAUCAAAAACUAGAUUCAGGUUUUAGACUCACUGAGGAUGAACUUAAGUAUUUUAAAUUAUUAAAAUCAAACAUCGCAUCGAUUUAUGGAAUACAAAAUGAUAAAUUGUCUUCUUCAAUUUAUAAUUACGCCAGAACUUAUUUUAUCAACCACACCCACGAUCUUCCAAACUCUGAUCACAGUUCUGCCUCUAUAAACACCAAUACUACUCACACUUGUAAUGUAAGAAGUUUGAAUUUAAAUAGGGAAGAUGAAGCUAUGAUGUGGAAGAGUUUAAUGGACUCAGAACCUCCUACGAUUUUAACUCUGUGCAAUGAUGGGAUUAAUUACGCCUGCACGGAAGAUUGUUUACACACUUUGGGAGAUUUGAUAUGUCAGUUUCCAGGCAGUCCCCUACUCAGAAACAGAGCCAAAUGGCUUUUUAUUAUAUUACUAAUACUAGAUGAACUCCACUCCAUGACUGAAAACGUUUCAUAUGAUCUUCAGAGAAUUAGAAGAUCUCUUCUCAGGAGAUCGUCAAUGAUUAAGUCUAAAGAACCUGAUACCACUGAGCUUUCUGAUAUUGAUGAAUUAUGUACUAUUAAACUUCUUUCAACUCUAAUUUCCAGCCAUUUUAAACAAUAUUAA